UUUAAACACACACUCACUCACACAUGCACACACAUAAAGACACCUCUUAACAACAGACACCACUAGCUCUUACAAAAAGCCAUCUUACAGGACAGAGAGGAGGCAAUGAGCAACGGGAUGUGGUUUCCUACACUGGGGCUGGUGGCCUGGCUGUGCUGCCUCAGUCUGGGGCCCGUUCAGGGAGGGAAAGUACUGGUAAUGCCUGUGGAUGGGAGCCACUGGCUUAGCAUGAAGAUACUGGUGAAGGAGCUCACUCGCAGGGGCCAUGAGGUCUUGGUGCUGGUGCCUGAAACCAGCCUGUUGAUUCACAGCUCAGAGAGCUUCAAGACUGAGAUCUACCAAGUGCCAUUCACCAAAGCUGAACUGGAUGGAAAAUUCAACGAGCUGAGGACUGGAGUGUUCCUCAAACCACCAGCUUUCACAGACAUGCUCAUCAAUGUGCAGCGUUUGGUUAACUUCACUUCUCUUCAGGUGAAAGGUUGUGAGAGUAUGCUGAACAAUGAGCCUCUAAUGAGUCAACUGAGGGGAGGGGGCUUCGAUCUCAUGCUUACAGACCCCUUCCUUCCCUGCGGCCCCAUCCUGGCUCGUGUACUUUCCAUCCCAGCUGUUUAUUUCCUGCGUGGACUUCCAUGUGAGCUGGAUCUAAAGGCUAACCAGUGCCCUUCUCCUCCUUCUUAUGUUCCUGUGUUCUUCUCUGGUAAUACAGGCACCAUGACCUUCCCAGAGAGAGAAAACAUGAUCAUGUCUUUUGUGGAGUCCUAUAUGUGCAAAAUAAUCUAUGUCCACUUUGAUGACCUGGUCAGCAGGUAUUUUGGCGACAACAUGACCUAUAAGGACCUUGUUAGUCAUGGUGCUAUCUGGCUUCUCAGAUACGACUUUACUUUUGAAUCCAGGCCUGUCAUGCCAAAUAUGGUUUUUAUUGGAGGUAUCAACUGUGCAAAGAAAGCUCCUCUGCCAGUGGACUUGGAGGAGUUUGUGAAUGGCUCAGGUGAUGACGGAUUUAUUGUCUUUACAAUGGGAUCAAUGGUGUCCAACAUGCCUGAGGAGAAAGCUAAACAGUUCUUUGAUGCCUUUCGGCAAAUUCCUCAAAGGGUUGUGUGGCGAUACACUGGAAUCACACCUGGGGAUGUACCUGAGAACGUCAGGCUUAUGAAGUGGCUACCUCAGAACGAUCUCUUAGCCCAUCCCAAGGCUAAAGUGUUCAUCACUCACGGCGGUACCCACGGUAUCUACGAGGGUAUCUGUAAUGCUGUACCCAUGUUGAUGUUUCCACUGUUUGGGGACCAGGGAGACAAUGUACAUCGCAUGGUGGUCCGCGGUGUCGCAGAGAAACUCAGUAUUUACGAUGUGACAACAGAGAAGCUAUUGGUUGCAUUAAAUAAACUCACCUAUGAUAAAAGUUACAAGGAGAAGAUGGUGGAGCUGUCUCAGAUACACCUGGACCGUCCUGUUCAGCCUUUGGAUCUGGCUGUUUUCUGGACCGAGUUCAUCAUGAGACACAAAGGAGCAACACACCUGAGAGUAGCUGCACAUGAGUUGAACUGGAUUCAAUAUCACAGCCUAGAUGUCAUCUGCUUUUUUGUCAUCAUUCUCCUAACUGUUCUGUGGGUGACACUGAGAUGCUGCUUGUUCUGUAUCCGCAAGUGUAGCAGAAAGGGAACUGCAAAGAGAAAAUCAGAAUAGCAUUUUUAGGGUAACAUUCAUUAGGUUUAGUGAAGUGAAUAAUUAAGGUUAAAACACUGUAGUGAGAUUUCACAUUGAUGCACUGAAUAUGUUUGUAAUGUGUGUAUAUGUGCAUUUGUAAAAUCUCAGUCAAAUUGCCAUUACUAUAUUGUCUCAAAUACAUGUGUAACAUGAUGCUGCCAAUGAUUGGCUGAGGUCAUCAUUUGAAAGGCAGACUUCCAAGCAAAUCAUUUAUUUUUUUAACCACUUGGUCGCGGACUUGAAAUAUUUUUAUACACUUAAGCUGCUUCAGUUGUUGCCUCACUAGUAAAAGGACAACUAACACCAUAUCUUUUUUUUUUUUUUAACAAAUAUCUGAACAUUGAACAGUAUCCACCAACUUAAUUCUUACCUUGUUUUGUGCAAUUAGCCAGCUAGUUAGCAAGCUAGCAAGACAUAGAAUGCUAAUCUGCUGGGAAUAGUUCAUAUAGCACUGUUAAAACUACACUAACUAAAAAAUAAAUAUUGGAGGCACAAUUAGCCUACAUGUA